AAAUCACGAGGAAAUAAUACACUUCCGUAUUUUGAAGCUGACCAAAAAUCAGAAGAAGCUUUACACACAAACAACGGGACACAAGAUGGAUAGGUUGUGUGGUCUUCUUUUGGUGUCCUUAUCUGCAGUAUCGGCACAAUUUGUGCCACCGUAUACCGAAGAAUGCCAGACGGGCAUGUACCCUCCCAAAGGUCCAACAUUCAAAGGGCCUGUCACCUGGUACACAAUAGACCUGGAUUUGCCCCCCAGCGAAAGAUGGAAGCUAAUCAUCACUGACAAGAAAGCUGAGUUGGUCAACAUGAUCCAGGCUAUCAAGGAUUUGGCCAACGCAUUUGUUCCUAGUGGGAAACUGAUAGAUUUGGUCGACAAGGACUUGCCUUUGAUAGUGAAUACCCUACCCUACCCAUUCAAUGAGGAAAUAAAAGGAGUUGCGACUGCCUCGGGUGUUCCCCUUGGCGAGGUUGUCCUCUACAACAUCUUCUAUGAGAUCUUUACGGUGUGCACUUCUCUAGUGGCAGAGGACUCAAAUGGUAACCUUAUCCAUGGGCGGAAUAUGGACUUUGGACUAUUCAUGGGUUGGGACAUGAAGAACAGGUCCUGGUUGAUAACAGAGAAACUCAAACCUCUGGUGGUCAACAUUGACUUCCAGAGAGGCAACAAGACAGUCUUCAAGUCCACUAACUUCGCCGGCUACGUGGGCAUGUUGACUGGUAUCAAACCGCAUGCUUUCACUCUGACCAUGAAUGAACGCUUCAGCCUUGAUGGAGGAUACAUCGGGAUCGUGGAGUGGAUCCUGGGGAAUAGAGAUGGGAUGUGGAUGAGCUUCCUCACUCGCUCUGUCUUAGAGAAUGCUACCAGCUACGAGGAGGCAAAGAACCUCCUGGCCCAGACCAAGCUGCUGGCCCCGGCCUACUUCAUCCUGGGAGGGAACCAGACGGGCCAGGGCUGUGUCAUCACCCGCUCCAGAGUCCUCAGCCUCGACAUCUGGGAGAUUGAGCUGAAGCUGGACCGCUGGUACGUUCUGGAAACCAACUACGAUCACUGGAAGGAGCCUCUGUUCUUGGACAACCGCAGGACUCCAGCCAUGAAGUGUAUGAACCAGACCACACAGGCAAACAUCUCACUGAAGACCGUGUACGAUGUGCUGUCGACAAAACCAGUCUUGAACAAGUUGACCACAUACACCACGUUGAUGGACGUGAACAAGGGCAAACUGGAAUCCUACAUCCGUGACUGCCCCAACCCCUGUAUGCCCUGGUGAAGCCUCCAAAUGGGUUUCUAACAGAACGGUGGUGGCGAGAUGGGCUUAACUGAUUCAGAAACAACUGGAGAAUCCUGUUAUACAUAUUUCAAGUCUUUGCGCUGUAACUAAAGGCUCCAAUCGAAAUAUUGCCUCAACAUUGCUUAACCCUUAACACUCAUACAUGGGUUGAAAAUGGCAGAUUUGGGCACUGUUAAGCACCAAAAUUGGAACAGUGGGCUGAACAUGUCAGAGAUCACGUUCUCUGAACUUGAGCAUUACGCAACAAAGUUGCCUUCCCAGUAAUUGGGCAACUUUGUCUGAGUGAGAAAUGCUGUAAAUUAAGAGGACUAUGUAUUUUUAAAGAUGACAGGGGAUUAUAAUUAAUACCACUUUGAUGUCAUACAAGCAACCCAAACACCUGGGAGUCCAAAUGUGCACUGUACAUUUCCAAAUCAUAAAACUCAUGUUUAUGAUCACGGUUUGAUGUACAGUUAAGAUGUCAUACCCUUGGUUUUUCUGAAAAAAAAUUGAGCCCAUUUGAAUUUGUUUUGCUGCUGAAUCCUUUCUAUGCGCAGCAAAAUUACAAUGUCUGAAUUGCCUUGUGAAAGUGUAACAUGUCUUGUUGCACCUACCCCACACUUCCCAAUAGUCUUGUUACUGGAUGUAUCUGGAGUUUAUUUUUAUUACCAGAAUCUACACAAAGCUCAAAUGCAAAUCAUGUGUAAAAUUUGCAUUCAGUUGAACUUGUGUACUCCCUUUGGUCUAAUAAUUUCCACACAGUUCCCUUUCAAUUACCAUGUUCAUGCAUGUGAAACAUUUCAAUAGGCCAAUUCUCACAAGUGUAAAGGGUUAAAUGGCAACUCAAUAUUUUGAAAACAUUUUGCCAUACAUGUUCAUUUGGAACAAAGUGUGAAUUAGCCUGUAAUUUAUAUUAACGAUAGAGCCUUUCUACCGCUGGUAGGGGAUGAUUGGUGAGGAAACGCCUCCAUUUACCAAAUCUAUUUACACAGUAGAGGACAGAUUUUUACACAAUUGAGAAAGUGCCCAGGACACAUGUCAGCACCAGGUAUAAACUGGGCUCAUGAAAGCAUUGAUCAAUCAGUUUACAUCUUUUGCAUUCAAGUAAUCUGAUUUUAGGUCUUAUGUCUACAGCCUUCCAGUAAACUACACUUGUUAAACACAAAGACAAGC